AUGGAAGUUGGAUCAGAGAAGAAACUUUCAUCGCAGGGCGGUGAAAGUACUGAAGUAUCUACUGAAAAGAAGAUAUUUCAGAAGUGUAGUGAUGUAGUGAAACACCCAAAUGAAAUUUACGAGAACUACCGGAGUAAUUCUUCUUUACCAGAGAGCCAGGAGAAAGAUUCAGGAGGAGAAAUAAAGAUGGUGAAUGUGAAGAGUUCUUUACCAGAGAGACAGGAGAAAGAUUCAGAAGGAGAAAUAAAGAUGGAGAAUGUGAAGAGUUCUUUACCAGAGAGCCAGGAGAAAGAUUCAGAAGAAAAAAUAAAGAUGGUGAAUGUGAAGAGUUUGAAUAAUAGCUUAAAUGAAAAACUUCCUAAUGCAGACUCAGAAUCAGAAUGUGAAGACGUGGAUGUGAAAAAGAAGAAAGUGCUUCGGAAGCGUGCUAAGAAGCAUAAGACAUAUAAAAAACAUAAGAAAGGAAAAAAACCCAGAAAAGAUAUUUAUGACAAGUAUGAAUUAUCCAGCGAUUCAGAGCAUUUGGAUAUUUUGGACAAUGAUGGAAAUGAAAAAGGAGGUUUAAAGGAGUUUCUUCAUGAAUUGCAAAAGCAGAGAGAUCAGUUUGCUGCGGAACUUCUAUUGGUAAGUUCAGACAGUGACUUGGAUAUAAUUUUAACAAAAUAUGCAGAAAAGAGAAAGAAGAAAGAAGAAUCUGAAAUAAGAAUAAGAGAACAAAAUGAAGAAAACAAGGAAACCCAAUGUCUCAGGAAAAAUGUGAAUGAUGAAAAGCAGAGAAAGAAUUGGUGCAGAAGACAACCACUUCUUAUGAAGUUUUCAGAGAACAAUAUUAGUGAGAGGAGAGAAAAUGGAAAGCCAAAGAUGCCAAAGGAAAACAGGAAUAAUAGUGUUGGUGAAGACUAG